ACACGAUAGGCGCGCGGCGAAGACGCGGAGGCGCGGACGUCCCGGCGAGGGCGUCGGUUAGAGUGGCGUGGAGCGGCACCCACCAUGACCCAACAGGGCGCGGCGCUGCAGAACUACAACAACGAGCUGGUCAAGUGCAUCGAGGACCUGUGUCAGAAGCGGGAGGAGCUGUGCCAGCAGAUACAGCAGGAGGAGGAGGAGAAGCAGCGGCUGCAGAACGAGGUGAGGCAGUUGACGGAGAAGCUGGCCCGCGUCAACGAGAACCUGGCGCGCAAGAUCGCCUCUCGGAACGAGUUUGACCGUACCAUCGCGGAGACGGAGGCGGCCUACCUCAAGAUCCUGGAGAGCUCGCAGACUCUGCUUAGUGUCCUGAAGAGAGAGGCUGGGAACCUGACCAAGGCCACAGCUUCGGACCAGAAGAGCAGUGGAGGCAAGGACAGCUGACAAGCCUGGGUGGGCCGUCUCUGCCGUGCCUAUGACAACUCAGCCCCCCACACAUCUGUCUUGAAGCAUUUUUAUUCUUCAUGGUGGAAGCUGCCUCCUCACACUUCAGAUGCCCAGAGGAGCAGCUGGAUUGCCACUGGCCUUGGGCGACAAGAGCCCUUGGCACAGCCCAUGGGUGGAGUCUCGCUCUCUCCACUUGGGGUAUGGGACAGUGGGCUCUAGGUCCGCUCCACAUGGAGCCUCUGAGGGCUCCGUACUCCUUUGGUGUGCCAGAGGUCUUGGUCCUAGUCUAGACUCAUCACUGUGGGAGCCUUCACUUUGUCCCUUCUCAGCUAGUGGGGACCCAGGUUCCAAAUCUCAGGGCCUGCCCACAUGGCUGAUGACUAUCAAUAAAAGUUAUGUUUGCAAAGA